UUUUUCACUUUUUAAAUAACAGUUAUUUUGUUUCAUCUUCUAAAGCUGGCUGCUAUAAAACUUAGCAACGAAUAUGGUCGUCUCGCUCUAGCACAAGCUGUCUUGACUAACGCUCUAGCAAGGUUUCGCACCAGCUAAAUAACGUCUUUUUGAAUUUGAUGGAAAAUUGAAAUUUAGUUAGAAUUAGUUAAACACAAAGGUUUUAAAUACAUAUUCCUUCCAGAACAUAGACCAUUUUAUACAAAGCAGCCUUUUAUACAGUUGACGUAAGCAGUUACAAAAUUUUCAUUGAAUAAAUUUAAAUAAAAAUAAAAAUAAAAAAAAAACACCAAAAUUAGGGAAAGGCAGAUUAAGUUAAGAGCUGCUGCCCUACGGCUAAACAUGGCUCCCAGCAUAUUUUUUGUGCUGUUCUGGCGGAUUGGAGUGCAUCUGCUGUAUCCCUACAGAUAUACGAAUCGCUCGAUUCAGGAUGCCCUGGGCGAUGAUAAUCUGGUGUGGGUGUCCAGCGAUCGAUGGCAGAACGAGCAAGUAGUCGUCAUGCUGCUGCGCCAGUCGAUCGAAAACUUUCUCAUCUUUAUUCUGAUUAUGGAAAUUAUGCGCUCCAUUCAAGAGGGACGUAACAUGCCUCUAAUGGUAUAAUGUGGCGCCGCAUCGAUAUGGCUUAGAUACGAAUAUUAGUUAUAUUUAUUAAUAUAGUUUUCAAUCUGGCAGCUCACAGUACAUCUUACAGUAGUAAAUCGCUUCGAGUCACUCGACUCUGGGGCAUAUCAUUU